AUGAUUGGCCCUUCAUGCAGCAAAUUGGUUCAUUUUAUUGAAGCACAAGCUAUGGAAUUUCAAGAACAGCUUCAUUUUGCACUUGCUUUCACCAAAACCAUUGCCAUUUUAGUGGUCACCAUCCUCGUUAAAGGCAAAAAGAGACAAAAGAGGAAACCCCCAGAGCCAGAUGGGGCAUUACCUUUUAUUGGUCAUCUUCAUCUUUUUGGAAACAACCAGCUGCUACAUAGGAUAUUUGCAGACAUGGCUAACAAGCAUGGACCGGCCUUUUUGAUCCGUCUCGAGAUUCAUCGAGCACUUGUGGUGAAUAACUGGAAAGUUGCAAAAGAAUGUUUCACGACCAACGAUAAGGUCUUCCCCACACGUCCAAAGUCUAUAGCCAUAAAGUAUAUGGGGUAUGACUAUAAGAUGUUAGGCUUUGCUCCUUAUGGACCUUAUUGGUGUAAUAUGAGGAAACUAGCAAUGGUUGAGCUCCUCUCUAGUCGUCGGCUCGAGUUACUCAAGCAUGUUCGCGACAAUGAAAUCGGUAGCUUUAUAAAGGAAUUGUAUAAGCAAUCGGUGAAAAACGGAGGAGUUGCUCUUUUGGAAAUGAAGGAGAGAAUUGGUGACUUAGCAACCAAUAUUAUAGUCCGAAUGGUUGCUGGCAAAAUAUAUCAUGGUACUAGCGAGGAAUCGAGACGAUUCCAAAAGGCCUUGAGUGAUUUCUUUUAUCUUGCAGGGUUGUUUUUGGUCUCGGAUACUAUUCCUUUUCUCGGUUGGCUUGAUGUUGUAAUGGGGAACAUAGGCAAAAUAAAGAGGACAACAAAGGAAUUGGAUUUUGCAAUAGGAAGCUGGGUAAACGAGCAUCGCGAACGGAGGCUCGACAAAGGCAUCGAAGGGAACCAAGAUUUCAUUGAUGUCAUGUUGUCUAUCAUGGAUGAAAACAAUGUACCUAGUCUUGCCUUGGGUGGCAUCGGAUUUAUACUGCAAGAAGCAUACACAUCGUAA